AUGAGCGCGGGAGGUGGCGGUGAUGGACGGGCGGGCGGCGGCUGCGGCGGGCGGGGCGCGGCGCCCUUCCCGUGGUGCCGCGGGAGCGGCGGCCGCAGCGGCCGCGACUUCAUCCGGGUCCCGCAAGUACCGGGACGGCAGGGCCGGGCGGUGGCCGCGGGGCCGGGGGGGCACGGGAGCGGCCGCGGCGUCGGGGUGCGCCGGGGGGAGGGUAGGGGCGGAGGGACUGAGCCGAAGGGCCCGUACGGGCGGGCGCGGGGCCUCGGCCCGGCCUCUUCGCCGCCUCUGCCGCGGGCCCGGUUCAUUGUCCUUAUUCCCCUCAUCGAUCCCUUUUCCCCUCGUUCUUCCCCGCUCUCCUCCAGGCUCACUGGAAGGUCCGGAAGUGCCGCCCCCGGGAGCCGCCGGCACCAGCAUCCACAGCUCUCUGGUUCUUACACAGCCUGGAAGACUGUCACGUUUUCUGGAUCAGAUCCACGGUGUUUAAGACCUUUCUUUGGCAAUGAAUAGUCUGCUUUGACUGUUCAUCUUUUCA